UUUGUUGCAAAAUCACAAAUGUUCUUUGCGUGUUCAAACAUAUUUAGCAUGAGCAAGCUAGUGUUGAAGUAUUCUCCAGAAUCCAGAUGCUUUGCAUGCGUCCAUGGUUUUUUGUUCAAAUACGUCGUGUCAAUGCAAUGCCGAUCGAGUUAGAACUUAGAAGCAAGCUAAUCCAACAGCUAAGGCACGGUAGCUAGCUAGGCAUUGUUCUUGUUCAUCAUGGCGUCGCGUCCAACCGGCGCCGACGAGGAGACCCCGGAGGCGAAGGCGCCGCUGCUCGCGUCUUCGGACGACGGCCAGACGACGCAGGCGACGCAGGCGAGCCUCGUCUGCAAGGCGCUGAACAGCACGGCCGACCUCGCGAAGCACCUCCCGACCGGCGCCGUGCUCGCGUUCGAGGUGCUCUCGCCGUCCUUCACCGCGGACGGCAGCUGCACGGCCGCCAACCGCGCGCUCACCGCCUGCCUCGUCGGCGCCUGCGCGCUCUGCUGCUUCCUGCUCUGCUUCACCGACAGCUACCGCGACGCCACGGGCUCCGUGCGCUACGGCUUCGUCACGCCCAGCGGCAGCCUCCGCCUCAUCGACUCCGGCUCCGGCUCCGGCUCGCCGCCGCCGCCGCCGCCGAGGGACGACAGGUACAGGCUGGGCGCGCGCGACGUGCUUCACGGCGCGCUGUCGUUCGCGGUGUUCCUGGCCGUGGCCAUGGUGGACCGCAACGUGGUGGCGUGCUUCUACCCGGUGGAGUCGCCGGCGACGAGGCAACUGCUCGCGGCGGUGCCCAUGGCGGCCGGCGCGGCGGGGAGCUUCCUCUUCGCCAUGUUCCCGUCGACGCGCCGCGGCAUCGGCUUCCCCGUCGCGGCGGGCGCCUGACGCGCGUACACACGGAUCGAUUGAUCGAGUUGCCACUUUUGGCGCUCGGAUGAUCUCUUUUGAAGAAGUAAAUGAAUUCCCCCGUGUGCUUUGCUGCGGACCAGUAAAGAAUGAAUGGAUCAUGUUCUUAUGUCAAUCAGAGCAAGUUAACAAUGGGAUUGUUCAUCAGACAUACAUUGACUCUUUUCUGUUACAAAGAGCAUUUGAUAUUGUUUAAAUAUGUUAAUUGCGAAAAUAAUUUAAGCAUUGUCAUGGGCAAUUUCAA